GCUGUCAACCCCAAAAAGAGAAGAGGUCUGCGGGACUCAGGGAGAAGGGAUGUCGCCAGAGAGGCCAUCAGUAGACAGCAGUGGCUCCACCUUCACUCCUCUGGUGGUGGUGGAGCUGGUCUCAGAUACCAAGGAGGAGGCAAUUGGAUGGCUGCUGGGCAGGAUAAGAGACAAACAGCAAAAUGGAGGUGCUGAGCUGCUGGUGGAGCAGCUGGGCCCUGGGGUCGGGGCUCAGGGGAAGGAAAACCCCAACCUGUUCCUGGUGGGGGCCUCCUGGCAGAGGCUGCUCUCUGGUGCUGAGGAGGUGGGCCUCUUCAAGGAGUUCAGUGAUGGAUCCAUGAGGGCGUUCACCUCCAACAACAAGCACAACUUCAAAGACUAUAAAGGUGAUGGAGACAGUUUCCUCAGCAUGGCCGAGUGCCAGUACAUCAUUAAACAUGAGCUGGACACCUUAAGAGCCAAAGAUGAAACUCAUGUUCCAGGAUACACGCAGGUCAAGCUCUACCCUGGGAAGUCUAUCGUUCGCAGGAUGCAGUCCAAAGGGAUCUUGAUCCAGAUGUUUCCUAUCCACGAGAGGGAGGAGCUGAAGAGACUGUCUUUCUCCUGGUACAAGAAGGUGAAGUUGUCCCUGCAGCCUCUUGAUGACAUAAGGCACUACUAUGGUGAAGGCCUGGCCUUUUACUUUGGCUUCCUAGAGUACUUCACCUAUGCCCUUCUGCCUAUGGCCCUCAUCGGAGUACCUUACUGUCUGUUUGACUGGGAGGACUACGACAAAUAUGUGGUCUUUGCUGUGUUUAACUUGGUCUGGUGUACUGUUAUCCUGGAGUUAUGGAAGCGGGGCAGUGCCUCACUAGCCUACCGCUGGGGCACACUGAGCAGGAAGAGAGCCUUUGAAGAACCUCGGGCUGGUUUCCAUGGUGUCCUUGGGUUCAACCCUGUGACGGGCCGCGAGGAGCCGCUCUACCCCAACGCCAAGAGGCAGCUGCGUGUCUACCUUGUGUCCCUGCCCUUUGUCCUGCUCUGCCUCUACCUGUCCCUCUACGUAAUGAUGAUCUACUUCCUAAUGGAAGGAUGGGCACUGACACUGCACGACCAGGAUCCCACAUUCUGGACCGGCAUACUGGUGUUCAUCCCCAGUGUUAUCUACGCUGUGGUCAUAGAGAUUAUGAACCUCAUCUACAGAUAUGCUGCGGAGUUCCUCACAGAGUGGGAAAAUCACAGACUAGAGUCUUCAUAUCAGAAUCACUUGGUCCUCAAAGUACUAGUUUUCAACUUCUUCAACUGCUUCGCUUCGCUCUUCUACAUCGCCUUCGUCAUGCACGACAUGGUGCUGCUCAGACAAAGUCUGGCCACCUUGUUGAUCACCAGUCAGAUCUUGAAUCAGUUCAUGGAGGCCUUCCUGCCUUACUGGCUCCAGAGGAGACGCAACAAGAAGAUGAUCCACAAAGUCCAGAAGAGAAGAACUCUCGAGGACGUAGAGCUUCCUUUAGCCGACCAGGUUCGCCUGGAGGCAGACAUGAGCACGUACUUGGGUACAUUUGAUGACUACCUGGAACAGUUCCUGCUGUUUGGUUAUGUCAGUCUGUUCUCCUGCGUCUACCCUCUGGCUGCCGUCCUGGUGGUGUUGAACAACAUCACUGAGGUUUACUCUGAUGCCUUCAAGAUGUGCCGCGUGUUUAAACGACCCUUCUCCGAGCCAGCAGCGAACAUCGGAGUCUGGCAGCUCGCUUUUGAGGCCAUGAGCGUGAUCGCUGUUGUGACCAACUUUGCACUGAUCGGGAUGUCUCCGCAAGUCAAGGCUUAUUUCCCUGAGUCAGAGAUCCAGCUCAUUCUGUGGACAGUGGCUAUUGAGCACGGACUGCUGGCCAUCAAGUUCAUCCUGACCUUCCUCAUCCCAGAUGUUCCCAAACACAUCCAGAUCAAACUGGCACGUCUGGAGUUUGAAUCACUGGAGGCCUUCAAGAAAAAGAAAAUGCUCGAGGCCUCGGAGCUCCGGAAGGUGGUGCAGUGAGGAGGAGAGGAGAGCGUUCAGAUACUGACGGACCUCCGGCGCACCCCCACACCCCCCAAGCUUUAAAACAGCAUACUAUUGUUUACACUGAUGUGCUGCUCACACACGUUCACGGUUCUUUAUUAUAGCAAAUCGAAAGCUUUAUUAUGUCUGAUUUACCGCCCAGGUGAGCUGUGGAUCUGCAGGAGCAUGACAGCACCAACGAGGUUAAUGGUGAGAAUGGGGCAACUGGUGGUUUAGUAUUUAAAAGAGCAGACGACACAGCUGUGCACCACACGUGUUGCUCUCCAGAUGAAAUGUACUGUAACGAGCUGCAGUGUUAACAUGGGACGAAUGGAGAAGAGUUUGGUUGAAGCCAGGUGUUCAAAUCACAGAGGGAUGCUGUUCUCUGACAAAAUCUACUGUAGCAAAUAUAGAGUUUAUAUCAAGACCUUAAUGACGAGUUGUGUGUGUUGUGUGUCUUUCCUCCCUUCAGUCCAUCUACACUAAUGGUGACUAAUGACUGUGUCCACCCAGUGAACUGACCCAAUAACCUGCUGCUCACACUUCACUGUAAUAAGUGAAGCUGACGUCGCUCAGUAGCACAUUCGCUGCUUCCAAUCAUCAAGUAUGGAAGCCGAGAAUUGUUCAUAAAGAUUUGAAUGUUCUAAGCAACCCGAUGCAUAUUAUAUUGUUUUAACCAAAUCUAGUCACUCCCGUCUGCUUUGAUAUCCUCUGCUUUAUUCAUGCUUCACCAGGCAGAAACUGAAACCAUUGCACCUGAUUGGAUCAGAGCUUUGUCUUGAAGUGGUAAUGUUCUCUCCAUCACGUGAUCAAACAGAAAACCUGCACAUUAAUCUUUCUACCUGAACUUCUAAACCUGAAAAAAAAAGUAAACAAAGAAGACGAAUUCAAGCUUUGAAACAUACAAAGUAUUUGAAGUAAAAAUGAUAUUUGCUAUGAAUGAAGUGGUAUUUAAACAGUAAGUGUUCAGUAAUGAUUAAUACUUCCAUGUGCUCUGUUACUUGUACGAUGUACGAUGGCAACAAACUGUCGACUUGAUGUGUCUUAUCUCAGCAUGUGAUGUGAACAGGGUCUUCUCUUCUAAUCAGUAUCGGUUUGUUCCUUCCAGUCAUAUAUUGAUGUAACGCCCCUGGUGCCUUGAAAUGCAAUGCCUAUCUGAAUAUAAGUUUUAUAUGCACUGAACACAGUCCUCUGCUAUUUACAUCAACAUGUGAAGAUGUAUAGAAUAAAAAAGUAGAUUGAAAGCCGA